UUUCUCUUUUUAGAGGCUGAUAAAAUACCAGUAAUGCGUGGACAGUGGUUUAUUGAUGGUACUUGGCAGCCUCUAGAAGAAGAAGAAAGUAAUUUAAUUGAGCAAGAACAUCUCAGCUGUUUUAGAGGUCAGCGGAUACAAGAAAGUUUUGAAAUGGAUGUGUCAAAAUCCAUAGAUGGAAAAGAUGCUGUUCAUAGUUUCAAGUUGAGUCGAAAUCAUGUGGACUGGCACAAUAUGGAUGAAGUAUAUAUUUAUAGUGAUGCAACAACAUCUAAAAUUGCAAGAACAGUUACCCAAAAACUGGGAUUUUCUAAAGCAUCGAGUAGUGGGACCAGACUUCAUAGAGGUUAUGUAGAAGAAGCCUCAUUAGAAGACAAACCAUCUCAGACUACCCACAUUGUAUUUGUUGUGCAUGGCAUCGGGCAGAAGAUGGACCAAGGAAGAAUUAUCAAAAAUACAGCCAUGAUGAGAGAGGCUGCUAGAAAAAUAGAAGAAAGACAUUUUUCCAACCAUGCAACACAUGUUGAAUUUCUGCCUGUUGAGUGGCGGUCAAAACUUACUCUUGAUGGAGACACUGUUGAUUCCAUUACUCCUGAUAAAGUACGAGGUUUAAGGGAUAUGUUGAACAGCAGUGCAAUGGACAUAAUGUAUUAUACUAGCCCACUUUAUAGAGAUGAACUAGUUAAAGGCCUUCAGCAAGAGCUGAAUCGAUUAUAUUCCCUUUUCUGUUCUCGGAAUCCAGACUUUGAAGAAAAAGGGGGUAAAGUCUCAAUAGUGUCACAUUCACUGGGAUGUGUAAUCACUUAUGACAUAAUGACUGGCUGGAAUCCAGUUCGAUUCUAUGAACAGUUGAUGGAGAAGGAAGACGAGUUGCCUGAUGAAGAAUGGAUGAGCUAUGAAGAACGACACCUUCUUGAUGAACUCUACAUAACAAAACGACGGCUGAGAGAAAUAGAAGAAAGGCUAAAUGGAUUGAAAGCAUCAUCUAUGACACAAAUACCUGCCUUGAAAUUUAAGGUUGAGAAUUUCUUCUGCAUGGGAUCCCCACUAGCAGUAUUUUUGGCAUUGCGUGGCAUUCGCCCAGGGAACACUGGAAGUCAAGACCAUAUUUUGCCCAGAGAGAUUUGUAACCGGUUACUAAAUAUUUUUCACCCAACAGAUCCAGUGGCUUAUAGGUUAGAACCGUUAAUACUGAAACACUACAGCAACAUUUCACCUGUCCAGAUUCACUGGUAUAAUACUUCCAAUCCUUUACCAUAUGAGCAUAUGAAGCCCAGCUUUCUCCAUCCAUGCAAAGAAUCUACCUCCGUUUCAGAGAAUGAAGGCAUUUCCACAAUACCAAGCCCUGUGACCUCACCUGUCUUGCCUCGCCGACACUAUGGAGAAUCUAUAACAAAUAUAGGCAAAGCAAGCAUCUUAGGGGCUGCUAGCAUUGGAAAGGGACUUGGAGGAAUGUUGUUCUCAAGGUUUGGACGUUCAUCUACUGCACAGCCAUCUGAGACACCAAAAGACUCAAUGGAAGACGAGAAGAAGCCAGUUGCCUCACCUCCUACUACCACUGUGGCAACACAGACCCUUCCACAUAGCAGUUCUGGCUUUCUUGAUUCUGCAUUGGAAUUGGAUCACAGAAUUGACUUUGAACUCAGAGAAGGACUUGUGGAGAGCCGCUAUUGGUCAGCUGUCACGUCACAUACUGCCUAUUGGUCAUCCUUGGAUGUUGCCCUCUUUCUUUUAACCUUCAUGUACAAACAUGAGCACGAUAAUAAUGCAAAACCCGAUUUAGAUCCAAUUUGAACUUGUGAAGGACAUUAAUGGCCCAAUAAUGAUUUUUUUCUAUUAAAAUAUGUGUGUCAAGAUACAGAUUUCAGGUUUAAGUAUGUUUCAGUUUUGUUUAGAGCAAGAAAUAUUUGAAUUUAAAAGCACUUUAUUUUAUUUAAAAACAAGACAUUUUUCAGUCCAAAAGAAGUAAUUUACAAUUUUCAUCAUUUUAAUUAUGAGUCUGAUAGAACCCCCUGCAGAGAAUCAAGCAAGACUUGGAAGUAAGGAACAUUUGGGUGAACUUCAAGGUUAUAAAUCGCAAUCUAAUUUCUCCCAAAUAUAAAGGCAUAUUAAUGGGUCGAAUAUAAUGUAUUAACCAAAAUAUGUUAUAAGUCUAAAAUGGUCAUGAUGUAGUAUAUUCUAUGUAAAGAUCAUAAGGUGGUAUCAUUGUUUUAGAUUUCCACAAUUCCUUUGAAAGAAGAGUAUAACAUUUAAUGUUUUGAAUUUAACUUGUAGCAAAACUAAUGCUAAAAAAGAAACAAUAUUUGGACUACUGUAUUUAUAAUUUAUUAUCUCUGACAAAUUGCUUUAUUUCAAUGUAUGAAACAUUACUUUUUAAAAUGUUUUCUUUGAACAAUUUAAGAAAAACAUUUAUUUUCUAAAGUGUUAAGACCUUUUUUUUCAGAACGUCAUCUUUGUACUCUUCAGAUGAAUAUUUAGACACUGUGGCAUACCUUGAGUAUUUUUUUUUCAUUAAAAACUUGUAGUUUCACACAAAUAACACUAGUUGAAUUAUUUUGAAAAAAAAAACAGAACUUUUUAUUAUGUCACAUGUAUCUCAGAGAAAACUAAAGUCUUCUAAACUUAACAUAGUACUCCACAAGGAGUACAUUUCAUUAACUUUAUUGGAAAAUUUAGUAAACUUCUUUGGAAUCAAGAGUAUGACAACUAUUUUAAAUAUAUAAACAUCUAUGUGCCAAACAGCAUAUAUAAAGGGACAGAGUGCCACUAACAGGUUCUAUUUUAAAAGUGUUUCAGAAAACAUGAUUGAGACAUAAGGCACAAUAGAUCAGAAUUCCAAGGCAUUAGAAGAGUUUUCCUCAGCUUAAUCAUUUCCACAGUGCUUUUCAUCUGAGGAGCUCAAAGUGCUUUAAGAGUCAGUAAUCUAUGUAGUAGCUCCUCGAGGUAAGUAAAUGAGUGUUUUUCUCAUGUUACAUGUUAAUACACUAAGGCACCAAAACAUGUAAAGUGCCUUGAAUUAGAUAACAGAGCAAAUCAGAAGAGCUCAGAUUGAAGCCAGACCAUAUUCUUUGAUAGCAGUGACUAAUAAUUCACAGGUUACCUCUUAGUAGUUUGCAAACAGUAACAGAAGUUGCAAUUCAUAAUUUGGAGAAAUGGCUGACGCUAAUAUUUUACUCUGCUUGUCUUACACGUUCUUGGGUUCUCACACACAAAGGAAGAGUCACCUAGAGGGGAUCAGUAGCCGUCUCUGCCACAACCAUCCCUCACUUCUGAGUGGCUUCCACUAGGUUCCACUUAAGGUGCUGUCUUCACUUACCGCACAAGGAUCUUUCUAGCUUCCAGAAACCGUUAGCCUGGUGCACAGUUGGCCAAUUGCACAUCUCUCCUUCUUUCUUUAUAAGGCAGUGGGAUCUGUGGCUUACCUGUAGGUUUUACUCAGCACCAUCAGUCCUCUUGUCUAUUUUGGCCUUUCAUUGAAUUUGCACAACAUAAAACACUCCUUUUUAAUGUUUAAAAAGAUUCCAAGGCUCCAUGACCAAAUAAGUGACUAAGAAACCCUUGCUCUAAAAGGCUUUUGAUGAGAUCUUAGCAAAGCUGAAGUAAUCUCUUCUGAAUUUAGAGAUUCCUGUGAACUCAGGUCAUUUUCAUACCCCGCUUAUUUCCUAGGUCUAACUUAGUUCUCAGGAAAGUUAAACGCAUCUCAUAUGACUGUUAUUAAAUGUGCUUGAGCAUACGUUGCUGUGGGUGGUAUGGCACUCAAAUGCCUAAGAGCUUUAAGGAAUUCAUUCUUAACCACUAGAGUGCAAAGAGCCCUUUUUACCUGAGAAGAAAGUCUAUCAAACAUUUAAGUUUAAUAUUGAGUAAAAAGAAAAUUAUAUUUCCAUAACUGUAGGAAUAUAUCUGUUUCCCUUUUUUCAUAGUCAGAAAACAAAAUCAAACUUAACCACAUGGAAUUUGAAUCCUUGAGAGGAACAACAUUCAAAACUCCCUUUUCAAAAUGAGAUAUUCCAGAUUACUGGACAGGUGUUUUGUUUUCAGUUCAUUACUUCAUCAACAGAGAUGGCAAUUCUGAUUUCACGGUACUCUUCUUGUUUCUAUGUCUGCAUGUUAUCAUGUAAUGUACUUGUGUAAUCUCAAGUAAUAUACAGAAUAUGUAUGAUUCGGGCUUUAGAAGCUAAGUCAGUUACUGAGUAACAUUUUACAACUUUAUUCCAGCAAGUACUAAAUUGGCCAAAAAUUUGUUUUUGAUACCAUUAAAAUUUUAUUCUCUA